AUGGCAGACGGUGUUGCUCCGCCGUCGGAAGUUUUAGCAUUGGGGCCACCUAUUAUUCUCCGAACAAAAUACGAGAAACAAUUGAGUGAGAAGUUCCGGGUCCUUAAACCAUGGGAAUCUCCGCUUCCUCUGCAGCAAUUCCUCCGAACCCAUGCCCGAAAUACCAGAGCCUUGAUUUGUUCCGGUGCCUUCAAGUACCUCGGAGCCGAAACACUCGAUCUCCUGCCGUCGCUCCGCCUCGUCGUGACCUCCAGCGCCGGCCUUGACCAUAUUGACCUUCAGGAGUGUCGCCGCCGGGACAUCGCGGUGGCGUACGCCGGCACCAUUUUCUCGGCGGAUGUUGCUGACAUGGCAGUUGGGUUGCUGAUUGAUGUGCUCAGGAAAAUCGGUGCCGCUGAUCGCUUCGUGAAGAGUGGGCUUUGGCCAGUUCAGCCGGUUGAUGAAUCCUAUCCCCUCGCCACCAAGCUGUCGCACAAGCGAGUCGGGAUUGUUGGAUUAGGAAGCAUCGGCCAAGAAGUCGCUAAGAGACUCGAGGCCUUUGACUGCAAAAUCUCGUACCAAUCAAGGACCAAGAAGUGUUCUGUUUCCUACCCGUUUUACGAUGGUGUCCGUGAAUUAGCAGCGAAUUGCGACAUUCUUGUUGUCUGCUGCGCGUUGAACGAUCAAACUUAUCAUCUGAUCAAUAAGGAAGUUCUCGAGGCGCUGGGAAAACAAGGCGUAAUCAUUAACAUUGCACGUGGACCUGUUAUCGAUGAGAAGGAACUUGUGCAGUUUCUGCAAGAAGGAAGAAUCGCAGGUGCGGGAUUGGAUGUUUUCGAAGAUGAGCCAAAUGUUCCUUCUGAACUCUGUGGACUGGACAAUGUUGUGUUGUCUCCUCAUUAUGCUGCCUUAACAGAGGAAUCUUUUAGGGAAAUGUACGAGCUCAUAGUUUCAAAUUUAGAAGCUUUCUUCUCAGACCAGCCCCUGAUUUCUCCUGUGGUCUUGAAGUAA